AACGAGUCAUGACAAAAUUGAACCACUUCCUUCCAUUCAUUCACUCAUUCAUACAAUGGCAAUGGCAAUGGCUGCUUCUGCUUCUGCUUCUCAUGCCUCUAUCUCUGCAAUUGCCACUUGCAUCCCUUCUUCUUCUUCCAAACCCUCUUCUCUUUCAUCUUCAUAUUCACCACUCACCCGAAAAUCAAGAUGUCUCCGCGUGUGCAAAGCCAUGGUUCAACAAACCGUUCAGGGUGCUCCUGCUGCGUACGCCAAGGAAAUGGAACGCCUUUCUGCCAAAGAAUCGCUUCUUCUCGCCUUUAAAGAUGCAGGUGGUUUUGAGGCCUUGGUCUCUGGGAAGACUACUGAAUGGCAAAAGAUUGAUGUGAAUGAAAGGAUAACUGGUCUUGAGAGGCUGAAUCCAUCACCUCGCCCCACAACGUCACCCUUCCUGGAAGGGCGAUGGAACUUUGAGUGGUUUGGUUCUGGAAGUCCUGGUUUAUUUGCUGCUAGGUUUAUAUUUGAAAUCUUUCCUUCAAGUUUGGCUAAUUUGUCAAAAAUGGAUGCCUUUAUUAAGGAUGGGAAUGCAAAGAUUACUGCAAACAUGAGAUUAUUAAACUCGAUAGAAAGCAAAGUUAUUCUCUCAACCAAGUUAUCCGUGGAGGGGCCACUUAGAAUGAAAGAGGAGUAUGUUGAAGGGGUUCUUGUGUCGCCAACAAUUAUUGAAGAGAGAGUACCAGAACAGCUUAAAGGUGCACUUGGGCAGGCGAAUAAUGCUUUACAACAACUUCCUGCCCCUAUACGUGAUCCUGUUGCCAGUGGGCUGAAAGUUCCUCUAAGUGGCAGCUUUCAAAGACUCUUCAUGAUUUCUUAUCUUGAUGAGGAAAUACUUAUAAUAAGGAACACAGCUGGGAUGCCUGAAGUUUUAACGAGGCUGGAAGCAGCACCAUCUUCCUUGGGAGAUUCAAGUCCAGAGUAUGAAAGCUAAGGAAUUGUAUAAAUGGGAAGUGAAAUUUUGUUCCUCCUCACUCAUGGUGAUGAGUCAAAUUCCUUUUCACCUCAAAAGCUCUUUGGUGCCCGUGGACAGCUUCUUUUUCUUUCUCACUGAAAACUCCUUUUGGUUCAACACAGGGUAGAAUGUGAAUAUAGAAAUGUCGGUUUGAAGCUGAAACGACAUCUUACAAAACCUUGUAUUUGAUUCUUAGUUUCCCAACAAAGUGGUUCUUUAAUGUAAAAAUUGAGUAAUGUUACUCAUACAACAACCAAUAGUGAAAUAAAAACUAAUAAAUGUGUUUGUGAUC